AUGAAUGGAUCAUUUGACGUUUCGGAAGAUCAGUUGCUUCAGUUUUACCACUUAAAUUCGUUGAAUCCUUCCACUUCAUGGAAGGACGAUUCGACUUUGAUUUACCAAUUGGAAGAUGGUCAAUGGGAGCAAGACAAUUUGGAAACAUCAUAUGCUGUGUUGAAUGAUCUUUUACAGCAAGAACACGAAUUCAAUAGGAAAAAAGGUUCUGGUGCCAAUUCCGAAAGGGAAGAUGUUGAAGAUCCGCUAAACCCAUCUACUCCAGCGAUGGAGCUUUUACGAAGAGUUUCUAAUGAUCCUUCCUCGAACAAUAGCCAUGAGUAUUUAAUUAGCAGCAAGAGUUUCAAACCUAAACUCUAUUUGAAAAAGGUACACCCGCAAGAUACUUUUGAGCAAUUAACAAAGUCUUUAGAUGUGCUUGACAAAUCAUUACAGGAGCAGUCGUAUGAGCUCAAGCAGUUAGUUCAGACCAAUUUUGCCAAAUACGUUAGAUCAAAAUCUAAUUUAGAUCACAUUUACAAGAGGUUUGAUACCUUAAUGAAUAGUGCUGAUGCAGAGACCUAUGAUGAGGACGAGCUUUCCGUACAAAGAUUAAAUGAGAACUUGAAUGAGACUAUGAAGCAAACUUCGUUGAAAUUGCAACCUUUAUUAAGCAACAAUGACAAGUUACAAAAAUUCCAAUGGGCAAUACAAUUUGUAAAUGAAAACAGAUACUUUUUUGAUUUACCUAGACUUCUCAAGAAUCUCCUCUUGAACAAAGAUUAUACGAACUUAAUGUUUGAAUAUGAAAAAGCUCAAACAGCCUAUAAAAGUUUAUCUGCUAGAAACACUGAAGAUUUACACAUUAAUAAUGAUAACUCAGUCAUUGAAAAAAUUUGGAAUGAGGUAGAAUUAAUAAUGGAUAGAUAUAGAAAAUACAGUUGGGCAAAAUUAUUGAUGCCACCCGCAAUUGGUUCAAGCGAUUCUCAAGAAGUCUUUUUGCCAUUACUUUCGAAACUUAUAGAUCUUAAAGUGACAGAAAACCCGAUAAUCAUGUGGAUUGAUACAAGAAUGAACAAUUUCCAAGACCAACUCAAGAGGACGUCUUCACAAAUGAUAGAAAAUAUCACUCAUUCAACAGAAACCUUACUUGAAAAUAGCUCUGGAAAUGAUCUAGAUCUUCAUUUCUACCUCUCAAUGAACAUUUAUUCUGAUGAUGCAACUGUAAAAAAUGAUGCAGAACUUGCAUCAACACCACAUCACGCACUAAUGGUUCAAAGAGGGUUAACAGACGUACCGGCUGUUGUGGAGACAUGGUUAUUGACUUUGAAGUUUAUGAAUGGAUUGAAUAAUAUUUCAACUUCUUUCGUGGAAUUCUGGGAACACGUCGAAAGAUUUUUGGAUAAUACCUAUCAAACAAUGCUAUUGAAUGAACGUAAACAAAAGAAAAUUAUCGAAUCCAACGAUGAAUUAUCAGCAGAUGAUGGCGCAAUGUUACGUUUCUCCGAAGAAGAAGCACAAAUAGUGAAAAGACAAGGUUCUUCUUUCAUUAAUGCUAUCUCCAAAGUUUUGCUCAACUUCUUCCGUUCAACUCAGGAAAAUAUCGGAAUCGAAAAUGUACCAUUGAGUAAGGACUCGGGAACACCAUUGUCAUAUGGAUUUAUUCCUCUAAGAUCCAAUUGUUUGAGUUGUUUGAGAUAUUUACCAAAAAUUGCAGAUCCGAUCUUCAGGUUCACGACAGAAUUGGCCCAACUUGCCAUUGAUACCGAAUCUAUCGAAACAUUAAGGAAAUUGGACGCAUUUAUUAUCGACCGUUGCGUGUCUGCUAUUUCAUCAACGAGGUUGAGAGAUUUAUCACUUAUGUAUGUGUUGGAAGAUUGGGAAGUUUAUGACUCUUAUGAUGACGACCGUUAUAGUAUCACUCAAUUCCCCGAAAUUGCCAGAUCUCUUCAAGAGUACAGCAUUCAAACCCUUCAUGAAAUUUUAUUCUUUUACGAAAAGUUACCUGUGAUUAAGGGAAUAUCCAUAAUAGGCUAUCCGUCAAAGCAAUUAUUGACUAGCAUUGAGAUACAGCAGGUAGUUUCUAUGGAAUCCGUAUUGGAGUCCGUGUUAAAAAAUGCUACUAAAGACAAAGAUAAUCCAAGAAACUCUCAUACUGUGCUUACUUUGAAUAACUUGAAGCACAUUAAGUCACAGACUUUCCCUAAAGUUUUGAAUCACUUUGAUGAGGCUUUUGAAAUGAGUUUAUCGUCUAAAAACUUGGAACUAUACAACCUUUUGGCCAAGAUGGAGUCCUCAAUUUUCGGCAACUACUUAUCAGAUUUGAAGUUUUCAUUAAGAGACAAACUUGAAGAUAAAUUCCACGAUAUAAACUGGUCUGCGUACACUUCAAAUUCUUUCAGAGUCAGCGAUUAUAUCAUUGAAACAUUAAUGGUACUAAUCAGCACACAUAGUGAAUGCUUCAGAAUCGGACCACAGUUAAUAGAAAGAAUUCUAAAGGAGACUCAGGUCUUUAUGGCAAAAUACUUGUUUGAAGCCUUUAAGCCAUAUAUUGGAAAUAUAUCAUCCGACGGUCUUCUGCAGGUAACAGUAGACCUAUGUUUCUUCGAGAAAGUCUUGAAGGGAUUAUUGGUUGAAGAUACAAGGACAAUUAUCAUGGCAUGUCUUCAAAACUGUUUCCAAAACGACGUUCCACGGAUGCAAAGAAUAAUUAAAGAAACAGAACCCAUAGUUAAUUCCAAUUUGGAUAGAACCAAAAUUCAAUUUGCCUCAUUGAAGUAG